AUGUCUUAUAUCUACAUUGUCAGAGCUCCGCUGUUUUAUAACUACAUUGUCAGAGCUCCGCUGUCUUAUAACUACAUUGUCAGAGCUCCACUGUCUUAUAACUACAUUCUCAGAGCUCCGCUGUCUUAUAACUACAUCGUCAGAUCUUUACUGUCUCAUAACUACAUUGUCAGAGCUCCGCUGUCUUAUAACAACAUCGUCAGAGCUCCGCUGUCUUAUAACUACAUCGUCAGAGCUCCACUGUCUUAUAACUACAUCGUCAGAGCUCCGCUGUCUUAUAACUACAUCGUCAGAGCUCCACUGUCUUAUAACUACAUCGUCAGAGCUCCGCUGUUUUAUAUCUACAUUGUCAGAGCUCCGCUGUUUUAUAUCUACAUUGUCAGAGCUCCGCUGUUUUAUAACUACAUCGUCAGAGCUCCGCUGUCUUAUAAUUACAUUGUCAGAGCUCCGCUGUCUUAUAAUUACAUUGUCAGAGCUCCGCUGUCUUAUAACUACAUCGUCAGAGCUCCACUGUCUUAUAACUACAUUAUCAGAGCUCCAUUGUCUUAUAACUACAUUGUCAGAGCUCCGCUGUCUUAUAACUACAUCGUCAGAACUACAAUGUCUUAUAACUACAUCGUCAGAGCUUCGCUGUUUUAUAACUACAUCAGUCUCAGCGCAAACCAUCAGAAAUCGUCUAAGGCAGCAUGGGAUACGGCCAAUGAGACCAUAUACAGCGCCCGUUCUGCGGCACCAUCAUCGUCGUGCACGUCUGCAAUGGAACAGAAAUGUUCGACCAUGGACCCUAGUGCACCGGAGAAGGAUAUGGUUCAGUGA